AUGCAGCGGACAAGAUCCUCUAUAAGCAGUGGCACGACGCCUGCCGAACAAGCAGUAAGCGGCAUCAGCACCGCCAUAUCGCCACAAAGACAAGACACGCAAAAGGGCAAGCUGGCAAUGGGAUCUAUCGAGGCAUCCGUCACCAAACUACUGAUUGCCACAAAGCAACUGCUCGAGUCGUUGACGCAGUGGUCGCGCAGACUUGCAACGGAAAACGAUGUCAGUGACAUCUAUGUCUCCCUCGGCAAUGAGUUCAAUCGCGCAGUCAUCUGUUUCCAGAAUGCAGGCAUUGACAUGGCCGACCUGGAACAAACACCAGAGUUGCUAAGAGAUAUCCUCGAGCGCGCACUAGGUGAAGAUGCCUCGCCAGCAAGCCUCGAUCGCUUCCUACCGCGUAUCCGAGAAAUCAUCAUCAACUUACUCCAAGGACUCAAGCGCAAACAGCAGAUACACCGUAUCCAGAAUGGUGAAGCAGCAGCAGCGCCACCUCGUUCUCGCAGGAUGGAGAGUGGUUCUUCGGCAACCUCCCAAAACAUGACACGCUUCGCUUCUCAAGAUAGAGGUAUCUCUGGGCCUCGUGCACAUUCUCCAGCCGCGAGUAUGGCAUCUGCAGGCCGUUCCAUUUCUGAUACCGGACAAGCAACGAGUCCUGAAAGACGUGCCGGGCAGCCGCAGCAGCAGCAGCAGAUGCCUCGGCUGCACCAGCAGUCGUCUCAACGUCGAUUACCCAAUCUACCAGGUGAAGAGGCCCCUGCCUUAACAGGUCCGCGACGUGCGCCAGAACCGCCUAGUCAAGCGCCGAGUAGCAGUCUGCCGACUAUUACGCCGUCUAUACCUGAUGGAACCAGUGACCCCGUUACGCAGCUCAAUCAACUUGGCCAGCUGGAACGACGCUCAUCAAAACGCUUCUCGGACAACUAUCUCGCACAAUUGACAUCAUCACCCAGUACGGGGCUUGAUCGCAAAGUGACCGUUGAUGGUGUUCGCAACAAGCUGACACGCAAUAUGCCGGAUGUUGUUGAAGAUGAUGAAGCAGCCAUGCUUCAUGAGAGACGCAGGAGUAGUACGACGGGUGCUGCAACGACAGAAAAAGCACCUUGUCUCUUUCUACGAUAUCGCGAAAGAACUCGCAAAGUAGCGAUGCCGAGUACCAUUUCGUUGGAGUCUCUACAAUCUCUCUCAAAGAACACAUUUGCACUUGAAGACUCGGCGACUUUGUAUAUAUCAGAACCGAAUCAUGUCGCUUUUGAACUUGAGAAUCCUGCGGAUGUUCACGAUGGAACAAUACUCGAGGUGCGCGAACCAGUUGUGACAGGGACCCAACCCGAUCGUGGUGCAUCUGCCGUUCCUGUCAACAUGGACGAUUCCUUCAAGAGCUGGUUAGAGACAAAGCUGCAGUCUUUGUCGAAGCAAAUCGCGCUGGAGCUCAAGCAGGAAGUACCAAACCAACCAAUAUACACAUCACCCAAAGCAACUUCUCGCGAGGUCGUGUCAAGUGCACCGGUAGACACAGCAGCACUUACCAGUCUCAAGGAAGAAGUCGACGCCCUCAAAGACGCAAAUGCAAAGCUCACGCGACAAAAUGAAGCACUCGAGCAACAACUCGUGGCACGCCUCGAAUCACCAGAAGCUUCUGCUGCACAAGUCUCUAGUGUUCGUGAAGAAGUGAUUGCAUUGACAGCUACGCAUGAACAGCGAUGUACAGAAUUGACAGCAAAGACGGAAGAACUGAUGAAUGACAUUGAUACGGUGCGUGUGGAUCUUGCAAAACGCAAAGUCUCACCACGUCCACAACAAUUGCAGGAGUUGACGGGCGCACUUGAGCAGUGUCUCAAGGAAGCUGCUAGCCUGCGUAUCGGGUUACGUGAAUUGGACAGCAAGAGUAAUAAGUUGUGGGAAACAGAGUUGAUGACCAUUACACGAGAGCAAGAAGCGCUCGAGUACCACAAGGCUUAUAUGACGGAUAUGGAUGCAGAUCUUGCUGGGUAUCAAGAAGUCCUGCAAACCGUCCACAAGGUGGAAGAACAAAAGAAACUUUCGCCGAAUGGCAGGAAACAGCCAGUGGUGCUGGAUACGACCGGUGAUCCCUCGACGGCCAUCAAGUUUGUGCAAGCAGACAUCAAGUCGUUGCAUGUGAAUCAUGAAGCUAGGCAAGCUGCCAUUGAGGCUGCUGAGCGCAAUCGCGAAAAAGAACGCAUUUACUUGCUGGAGAAUCUACAUACCAAGGAAGUCGCCCAAUUUGUUGCGUCAAAACAAUUGAAGGCGACGGGUGGUGCAGAGGAGGUGGAGAGGAGGCGACAGCUCAAGGAUGAAGCGCUUCGCAAGCACUUGUUUUCACCACCAGGAACACCAUCAAAGGAGGUAGAGGAUGUUUUGUCACGCGUGCAAAGUGGUCAGGCGACACCCAAGUCUGUUGAGGAAGGGUCUCCUGUCAAGGAAGAUGUCAAGGAUGAAACGUCUAAGGGGGUCAUGACAGAGACCAGCGUUCCGCAGCAGCCCAUCAAGUCUCCCGCUGCCGCUGCCGUCACGAUUGCCACAGCAGAGGAGAACCCAGUAAGCCCACUUGCAUCGGCGACAAAGACAGCGAGUAGUUCUGCCGUGCUGAAUCGCAUCUCGAGCCAUCUUGAGAAGCGAUCAAGUCGCAUCUUUUCCUCUGGCAGCACAAUGAGUGCCAGUACACUAGAAACGCGCGAGGAGAAGGAAGAUGAUACUGAAUGA